GGUCGUGGCAGUAUUUGUGUUUACAAUCCAGUCAGGUGCAUGGGGGUGUAACUCACGACGAGCUAGCAUGGAUGCUGAGCACACACCUGUCAUAUGUACGUUUGCAGACGCGCUACGGUCUGUUUGAAGUCGGGUAUUUACCUAAGGGUGGGGUGAAGACUAGUCAAAGUAGAGAGCAGCACAUUCGGCAAGUUUACUCGACGUUAGAAGGUACUGUUUCCGGGAGUUUCUCCAAACCGUUUCCACCCCCCUCCCAAAUAUUGAUUUUCAGGGAAAGUAAAACUUUGCUAGUUUGACCCGUGCCCUGGAUCCUUGCACUUCGCCCGAGGGUAGGAUCAUUCGACUGUGUGUAUCUGGCGUCUCGGAUAAGUACACCUAAUUCCAUUGUAAGUAACUCCAAGAUUAAAACACGAUGCAAAGCUCGGACGGUGGAAGACAAGGAGACGCCUAUGUCCCUGGACGUGUCUCGGACCUGACGUCACUACCCAACCUGGACGAAGACGUUCUCCUACAGGAGCUGAAGGCCAGAUACGCCGCCGAUAGGAUCUACACGUAUGUUGGGGACAUUUUGGUGGCUGUUAAUCCAUUCAAGGAUGUUCCCAUCUACACAAAGGAGAUCUCAGACAAGUACUGUGGAGGUCUGCACUCUGACCACCCUCCACACAUCUUUGCUACGGCCAACGAUGCAUACCAGGGCAUGCUGGGUAAACUGGCAGCACCACCCCAGGACCAGUGUAUCGUCAUCAGUGGUGAGAGUGGAGCAGGUAAGACAGAGAGCACCAAGUUGCUGAUCAGACAGCUGCUGCAGCUGUGUCAGGGCACCUCACAGCUGGAACAGCAGAUCCUGCAGGUGAAUCCUCUGCUAGAGGCCUUUGGGAACGCACAGACUCUGAUGAACGACAACUCCAGCCGCUUCGGGAAGUACAUUCAACUCUUCUUCCAAAAUGGUGCAGUGAAAGGUGCAAAGAUUCGAGAGUACCUUCUGGAGAAGUCUCGACUGGUGCAGCAGGCAGAAGGAGAGCAGAACUUCCACGUCUUCUACUGCAUGCUGAAUGGACUCUCCCCACAGAACAUGGAGAAAUACCACCUGGGGGGACAACAAAACUACAGUUACUUGAAGAACUUCCAAGAAAAAGCCCAACAGUACAGGACGCAACACCAACAACUGCUGGAUGCCAUGGACAUGGUGGGCUUUGAUGAGGAGGAACAAGAAGGGAUGUUUUCCACCCUGGCCGGUGUGCUACAUAUGGGGAACAUACAGAUCUGUUCUACUGACAGUGGAGACGCCUAUGUGGACAGGUCAGCCAAGGACCUUAACAUCACUGCUGAGAUUCUGGGGGUGGAUAGUGCUGAUCUGGAGUCAAGUCUUACCCAGAGUGUGGUGAGGACCAACAAGGGGGAACUUAUACAGAGGAAUUACUCUGUACAACAAGCAUUAGCUAGUAGAGAUGCCGUCUCCAAGGCCUUGUAUGGACGAUUGUUUGGCUGGCUGGUCAACAAGAUCAACCAACUGUUGGCUCCCACUGACACCAGCAUAGCAGAACUACAGCAAAUAGGGGUGCUGGAUAUCUUUGGGUUUGAACAUUUUGAACACAACAGUUUUGAGCAGUUGUGUAUCAACUUGGCUAAUGAGCAACUUCAAUACUUCUUCAACCAGCACAUCUUCCUCCUGGAGCAGGAGGAGUACCAGAGAGAAGGAGUCAGCUGGUCCACCAUCACCUUCACUGACAACAAGCCUGUCCUGAACCUGCUGUUGGCUCGGCCUAUUGGUAUACUGGCCCUUCUGGAUGAAGAAAGCCUCUUUCCCCAGGGUACAGACCUGACACUUCUGCAGAAGCUGAACCAGAAUGUUGGCAGCAGCCCAUAUUUCACAACAGGCAAACAGGCUAGGAGUCCACUCUUCACUAUCACGCACUAUGCAGGCAAGGUGGAGUACAAUGUGACUGGCUGGCUGGAGAAGAACAGAGACACCCUGCCCUCCAACACCAUGUCUCUUCUACAGCGCAGCUCCAACCCCCUGAUUAACACAAUCUGUAAUGGCAGCAUCACUCGGACAGGCACUCUUGCACUUCAGCACAAAACCUCCAAAGGGCGCCGUUUGAGCAAAAGACCAGUGGGUAGACAAAUUGGAGAGCUUGGCAAGAAAGGAGGAAAACAGCUGACACUGGGUGGUCAGUUUAAGAACUCCCUUGCUGUUCUGGUGGAGAGGAUCACAGCAGCCAGGCCUCACUUUGUCCGCUGCAUCAAACCCAACGGCCUCAAGCAGCCAAACAACUUCCAGGAGGAUGAAGUGGCUGCUCAGCUAAAGUACACAGGGAUGAUGGAGACAAUCCGCAUCAGAAGGGAGGGCUAUGCCCUGCGCAUCCCCUUCCAACAGUUUGUACAGAGGUACAGAAGUUUGGGGGACAUUGCUUCAAUACCAGAGGACCAACAUGGGUGCCAGAGGAUACUGAAGGCUGCUGGGUUGUCUGACUGGUUGAUUGGGAAGUCUAAGGUACUGUUGAAGUGGUGGCACACAGACGAGCUGGCCUCCAGGCUACAGAAGGUGGAACUGGCUGCAACCCACAUCCAAACUGGUGUGCGAGGCCUCCUUGCCCGCAGGAAGGUGGCACACCUGAGAGAGUUAGCCAAUAAGCAAGCGGCAGCUGCUGUAACCUUCCUGAACCAGACUGAGCAACUCAUAGAGGAUGCGUUCCAGAGGCAGCGCCAUCUAGCAGAGAGGGAUGAAACUGCACCACCCCCUGUAGCAGGUGGAAUGACAGCUGAAAUGACACCUGCAGAUGCAGCAGCUGUGCAGCAGGUGGCAAACAACAUGGCUGAUUACCUACAUCUGCCACAAGAUACAGAGACUCAGGUUGAUGUGAAGGAUAACCUGAGCUCUGAUGAGGAAAUCGUAGAGGAUGACUUUACAGGACCCAUUAGCAGCAAGAACAGGUGGGGUAAGGAGGGGACCAGGGCUGCAUCUGUCCGCUGGUUCAGGGAGACUCAGCAGAAGGCAGUGAUGCAGGACAGCAGAACGUUUGCACCCUGGUUCCACGGGAUCAUCACUCGAAGGGACUCCGAGCGACUCUUACAGGACAAGCCCCUGGGCUGUUUCCUAAUCCGUGUCAGCGAGAGCAGGUUUGGCUACUCCCUGACAUACAGGAUAUCCAGCCGGUGUAAACACUUCAUGAUUGACCAGCUGCCCAGCGGCAAGUACGUGGUUGUUGGGGAGCCCAAAGUACACGUGUCCCUGUCAGCUUUAGUGGACUACUACAGGAAGAACCCUCUGACAGGUGACCUCCUGACAGAACCUUGUGGUCAGGUUGAGGGAGAAGAGGAUUAUGCUGAACUUCUGAUUGGGAACCGGUACAGUCUGGUCAGAGUGGAGGAGGAAACAAAACCAUAUGGAAGUGCAUUACACAGAGAUGUCUCCGUCCCACCACCCCUGCCAGAGAGGAACUACACAGCACUACGUGACUCUGGCAACCAGCAAGGCAAACACUUGCAUUAUCAGACACUACUAAAGAACCAGCAACAACAGGUGGGAGUGACAGCAGUAACCAACACUACAGCCCCUCCUCUGCCAGCCAGAACCAGAAGGAAGUGACUGCAUCAUUCGUAGUAAAACUGAUCAGUCUACUGAUGUCACUUAUUCUACUGUUUUGGUCACUUCCAGAACUAAUAUUGUAAAUUCUUCUCAUCAGUGAUUAUUGCUUUGAUCCAAAGCUGACAUGCUAACAUUGUACAAAGAGAGUAGCCACCAUCAUUUUGUUACCCCCAAGACAUGUAAAUCAAAUCUGAAAUCUUGAAUUUCACAUUGCUUUUUGCAAACACUAUUUGAUGUUCAAAGAAAUUGAAUGUACAGUAUUGCAAAAUGUACAUCAUUAUUUGAGAAACAGACAAAUAACCAUCAGACUAGAAAGUCAAACCCUGGGCUACAUGUAGCAUCUAGACAUGCAGCAGGUACAAACAUGUAUGGUAGAAAUACAUGGAGUAAGAAUCCUAUUGAGUUUAAGAUAUUAUUGUGUCAUGAUCAUUGUACACACAGUUACUGUAACAGUAUCAAUGAGAAUACAUGUGUGUAUGGCAAAGAUUUAAUACUAACAUUUUAAUCAUAAUUAAGACAUUGGUGAUGUU